ACAAAUAUUGAAAAACGAUUUGCUUUGUUAAUUUGAUGGCGUUGAUUCUCCUUUUAUUUCUUGGUAUGAGCAUAUCAUACUACGAAGUUGAUGCAAGGAGCAAAAAUCUACCAGAUAUGCAACAGAGUUUUACCAGAUCACUAAAUUUGAAGAGCAUUCUUCCUACAAUGAACAGUGACUUUGAGUGCAUCGGUAUAUACAAGCAACCAGCUUUUAAACAUCGUUUGUUGAAAAACCACAAAAUCCAGCUUAAUCCGACUUUCUCAAGGUACACGAUGCAAACCAGACUGCCGUUCAUGGAAAAAACUUUUCAAAUUCAUAAUUCCAACAAAGGAUGUCCUUCAGGAAAAGUGCCUAUUCGCAUGAUAAAACUGAGGCAAGAAAUCAACUAUAAUUUUUCAGAAUCACAACCUGAAAAUUUUCGUCAAUAUUCCCGGAUCCCCUAUCAACAUUUUGCUACACUUGAGACAACUCCAAGUACAACCUAUCACGGAGCAAGUGCAUGGAUCAGCGCCAGUGAUAAUCUAUUGGUGCAAGGGACCCAAUAUAGCCUUUCCCAGAUUUGGCUUCAAAGUGGUCCUCUUUCAGAACUUAACAGUAUUCAAGUCGGAGUCGGUGUUAAUCCCAGAGUAUAUGGAGACGAUAAGCCACAUCUCGCUAGCUUUUGGACAGGGGAUAAUUUUAAAAAAACCGGAUGUUUUGAUGCUAUCUGCCCAGGUUUUGUGCAAGUGCAUCCUCGUAUUACCUUAGGACAAACCAUUGAACCCUCAUUUACAGGUGGAUUAGAUGGCAAAGACUAUAUUGCUAUCAAAGUGACACAGGAUUCAGUAUCAGGCCAUUGGUGGUUGCAUGUAGAAGGAAGUGAUGGAAGUGAAGAUGUUGGGUAUUGGCCAAAGGAAAUAUUCACUCACUUACGCAAAGGAUCAUCUUUGAUUAAAUUUGGAGGUGAAGCUUAUGGACCCCCUAAUAUUGGAAGUCCUCCAAUGGGUACUGGAAAAUUGCCAAAGACUUCAUUUCCUAACUCAGGUUUCUUUGCAAGACUUCAAAUUGUGGAUUCAAAAUUUAGGGAACUUGAUGUGAAUCCUAUAGACAUGAAGUCAUAUUGUGACACCAGUUCAGAUUGCUAUGAUUUGUUGUAUCAUGGAGAUCAAGGGGCUCAAUUUAGGCAAGCUUUUCUCUUUGGUGGUCCUGGCGGCCAAUGUGGUGUAUAACUAAAUUUAUAAUUACAUCCAUUUUCAAUAAAUGUUCAGUUUAUUAUCCAUAAA